GGAGGGUUCUGGUGGGGCGGUGUCCUAGUGUUGUGUGUUGCUUUUUCCCCCGGUGAAAGUCGCUGACACUCCGGGGAUAAGAAUGCCUCUUGUAGCGCGUUGCAUCGAGCCCCGCUAUUUGUGCCGAGAGAAGAUUCCCACUGUCCGCAGUGAACUAGAAUGUAUGACCAACAUCACCCUAUCCAAUGUCAUCAGACAGCUGGGAAGUUUGAGUCGCUAUGCAGAAGACAUAUUUGGAGAGCUGUUUGUUGAAGCAAGCUUGUUUGCUCAGCGUGUGGGAAUGCUGGGUGAGAGAGUGGAAAAACUACAGGUCAAAGUGACCCAGCUUGAUCCUAAAGAGGAAGAGGUUUCUCUGCAGGGCAUAAACACGAGAAAAGCAUUUCACAGUAAUACCAUGCAAGAUCAACAACUCUUUGUACGCGAUUCUCUGUCAGUUCCUGUCUGUGAAACAUAUGCUACCUGUAACAUGCCACCACCACUUAACAUCCUCUCUCCAUACAGGGAUGAUGGAAAGGAGGCCUUGAAGUUCUACACAGACCCAUCUUACUUCUUUGACCUGUGGAAAGAACAGAUGUUGCAGGACACAAAGGAUAUCAUGAAAGAAAAACGCAAACAUAGGAGAGAAAAGAAAGAUAAUCCUAACCGUGGGAAUGUGAAUCCUCGUAAAAUCCGCACACGAAAAGAUGAAUGGGAGAAGAUGAAAAUGGGCAAGGAAUUUGAGGAACGUAAAGACAAUCUUUCAAUGUAUGGGGAUCAGUUGAGUGAGAAUGGAACCAUGAGUCCUAUUGAUGGGGUAGAUUUAUCUCUGUAUCCCCCACCUCCACCAAAUGAUGAUAUUAUUCCAAGCCCACCACCAGUUCUCGAUGACUCCCUGCCUCCUCCACCUAUGGAUUUUAGCUCACCUGGAACUAGUAAUCGAGCAAGUCUGAUCAGUCCAGCCCACCCACCUCCAGCUCCUCCCAUUAGUUCUCCAAUUGGUGGAAGACCCAGUUUCUCUCCUCCUCUGGCACCUCCACCCCCGCCUCCAGCUGGAGUAUUCCCAGACCCAUCCUAUCUUCCUCCCCCAAGUCCACCAGUAUGCCCUCCCAUGCCUGGCUUUCCUGCUCCUCCUCCUCCUCCUCCACCAGUGCCUUCAGUGAUGGAUUACUCUCCCGCAUCGCCUAGCUCAGUGAGCGAUCCAAGGAAUAACCUUUUGUCUGCAAUCCGUCAAGGUUUCCAACUGCGCAAAGUGGAGCAGGAGCAGCUGGAGCAUGAGAAACGAGAUGUUGGAGGUAAUGAUGUGGCCACUAUCCUGUCUCGCCGUAUAGCUGUGGAGUACAGCGACUCUGAGGACGACUCUUCAGAAUUCGACGAGGAUGACUGGUCUGAUUAAGGCCAUGAAGAUUUGGUGUGGAGGGGAGGCCCAAGGAUUUGCAGGACCUUUAUUAGCUACACGCAAGACACUGCAACUGCUAACUUAUUAAUUCCAGGAGUGUGAGUUUGCCACUGGUGGAAUAACAUGCUGACCUAUACUCUCCCAAUUUAAUAAUAUAGCUUUGGCACACAACUUUUUGCUCGGGAUA